GAUUUCACUACUUCAACUCAGCUAGCACAGAAAGCAGCAUUAGCGGCCCUGGAUGAGAAUGCAAACAUUGAGCAGCAGCAGAAAGGAACUGCCGCAGGAUCGCAGUUCGCAAAUGCUCGUAUCACUUCGGGCGUUUUGCGACGCCGCAACAACGAAUCAUCGGUAAGUAAACCUUACGGUUUGUAA